UCCAAGUCUAUAUAACAUGCCCGGCUGCAGCCGUCAGUGGUAUCUCUCCCCUCUGCACCAUGAAGGCAUUACAUGUCCUGGUGCUGCUGGUCUCAGCGGUGCUGCUCUGCAGCGCUGCUCCAGCUUUGGAGCCGGUGACGUGCAAUGAGGAUAACAGUGCUGCAGCAGCACGUCUGGCACUGCAUGACAUCAACGAGCACCACAUCCAUGGCUACAAGUUCCGGCUCAGUGGGAUCAAAGGGAACAAAAUGGAGAUGGUUGAUGACGGAUGUACCAUUGAGUUACACUUGGACCUUCUGGAGACAAAGUGUCCCACUGUCAUCCCCAAACACUUCGAGGACUGUGAAACCCGUUAUGAUUCUGAAACUAUAGUGAAGGCAAACUGCACUGUCAUGAUGACAGUAAAAUCUGGCAAAGCUGAUGUCAACAGAUACAACUGUGACACGCGAAAAGGGGAGAUGAUAGGGAUGUGCCCUGACUGUCCCUCGCUGAUACCACUCUCCAGCCUCGAGGGUGUCAACUCUGUUAGAAAAGCUGUGCAAAAAGUCAACAUGAACAACACCAACGUGCACUACUACGUCCUGAAGGAAGUGGGACGAGUGUUGAGUGGGUACAUACCGUCACAGGGGAUGUUCUACGCUGCUGAGUUUGUAAUUGUGGAGAGUCAUUGCCCAAUGGGAUCCAGAAUUGUCCCUGAAGCAUGCGAGCCCCUCUGCCCUGACAGAGCCCAUUAUGCUACCUGCCGUUCAUCUUAUACAAAUGGAGCUGGACUUCAGUCUGUUGAAUGUGAUUAUUAUACCCCAGUGAACACUACUGCUCUCGGCCCAGGUGAGCAGGAGCCCCAUUGUAGACGGUCUCAUCCAAUGCCUCCUCCUGAUCCUGUUGGCCACCCUGACCGAGAUGAUGAUCAUCCCUUUAUUCGAAGAGGGCCCCCACGCCCUGCUCAUGAUGAUAGACGAGGGCCCCCACCCCAUGCUCAUGAUAGACGAGGGCCCCCACCCCAUGCUCAUGAUGAUAUUCGAGGGCCCCCACCCCAUGCUCAUGAUGAUAUUCGAGGGCCCCCACCCCAUGCUGGCGGUGGAGGAACCUCACCCCCUGUUCAAGUUCAAUCUCAUGGACCUCCAUUCAGUGUCGACCCAGUUAUGCCAGCAAAAGUGCGCCCCUUCUUUAUCAAUCCCUGCAAUGGAGUCUUGCCCAACAGUGACCCAGCUAUCCACCCCAUUUGUCCCAAGCCUCUACCUGAACCACGCCAUGACGCAAAACCAGAGCAGUCCUGAAACACAAGCACAACAAUCAUUGACAGGCACUGUUCAGAAGACUUCUCGGAGUCUCUAAUGCACACAAAAAUGGUCCUAACAGCACACAUACAAUAAAGUGUCAUGUCUGUCAUUCAAACUUC